CCAAGCAUCGAACAACCCAAUCGAGCUGAACCAAUCUGCCGAGUUGCUCCGCAGCGCUACAGUUGGAUCAAGAUGGACGCAGCAAACCCCAGAACUAGAGUGUCAUCGUGUCGUCCAUAGCAGCCACCUUAUACUGGACCCAUACCCGUCACAACUGCCACGACCACACGAGCGAACAAGAGCUGCAAGCCUUUAACAUGGACGAUGGCUCUAUAAGCAUUUCCUCGAGCCAGCUGCAGAGUAUGGUUCUCUCGGCUCCCUGUCUCUUCAAAGAGACUACGUCGAGGCUCAGACGGUCUUUUUCUUCGCCAAGCCUCGCCAGCGGAUUGGUGAAACUCCGAGUAGACGUGCAAGAUCACGAUGAGUAUCGUCUGGAAAACGCCUACCAGAGUGACGACCUCGGUGAGGAACCCCAAGAUGCACGGCUGGAUACCCGGGAAGUAUGCCUGGAAGAUCAAGUAGACACUCAGAGUAGCACCUCCUCAGUCGGUGAUAGCUCUAACGUUGCAGCAGCAAACUGCUGUACAGCAGAGGUCCUACAGGACGGUUUCUCAGAAGGGCAGAAGCCACUAGACGCGUGGUCUGUGAGUACAAGCGACAGAGGUGUGGUGCACCAGGCUGAACCUACAGCCCCAUGGACCGACGUUCUGUCUUUUUGGGGGAGCGUGUCACCGUGUAGCAGCACGGGAGGGACAAAGAACGUCUUACUCUCCGGGAGUUCGGAAUCGAGCAAAAAUAACCCAUCGGAAGGCUCGGAGCAUAGCUCCUUCUUCGCGUCUACUGAAGGGAUUCCAAUGGGAUUCCAAGGCGACUGCAAUGACGGAGUUACGAACCCGACUUGCUCAUUCUGGAAGGACAAUCCAGUGAAUCUCGGGUCUGAGGAAGGACUUGAGCAUCUUCAAGGCUGUGGCGAGCUGUGCCUGACUCCGCCGGGAAGCUUUUACGAAAAUAGCGAGGACCAAAAAGUGGUAGAACCCGCGGAGCAAAUUCUAGCACGGCGAGCUCUUCAAGAGUGCUGUGUGGUCGUCGAACAUUCCACAGUUUCACUAAUGGGAAGCAGUUCGCCGAUUGUUGACGCGGACGAGGCCAAAGGGGACGGGGAUUGCGCCAAAGAACUGAUGAAAACGAGCAAGACUACGUGUAAGCUGAUCCCGCGGCUUUUCAAAGGAAAACGGAAUUAAUCCACUGGCGUGGAUUAAAGUGGCACAAAGUAUGCAGUACACAGAAGCACGUCACGGGAUGAAUACUUUAGAAGAUACUGAUACUUUUCAUACGAUAUCAGUAUGAAAAUGACAAGGAUUUGGCUGUUAGGCGUGAUGGUGGAAUAAACCGAGAGCUAACAGUA